AUGAGGCGCUUUCUCACCCAUCUCCACCACCACUCCCACCGCCUCCGCCCAUCCCCACCCCUCUCUCGUAUCCCCACAACCAAGAACAACCUCCCUUUCCUUGUCUCCCGUCGCCUCCUCUCCGACGACGCCUCUCCCCCGGCCGCCGCGCCGUCGCCCCCCCCUCCUGCUCCCUCGGCCGCCACGCCACCGCCUCCCCCUCCGCCGUCCGCCAUCGACGUCCCAAACGAAGAGUUGAAGCGGAGGUUGGAAGCUUACUAUAAGGUGGAGGAUGAGUCGGAGCUAUCGCCUGUCGCUAUGGCUGUUCUCGAGCGGAAUCUUGCAGAUGCACACAGUGAUACUGAUGAUGAACUUAUCGAGGAGCUGCGCGACAGGCCACUUCCUCAGGUCCAUGAUCGGGACAUUGAGGCUGACUUUGAGGAGUUGUAUGAAACUGAUGAGGAGCUUACUGACCUGUACAACGCGAGGCAGUAUGUUGAGAAAAAGAUGAAGGCCAAUGAGUAUUUUAACAUGAAUGAUACCAAGUGGGAUGAGGUGGUCAAGAAAGCAACAGAAAAGGCAACAGAGGAAGGCCAGCUGAGUAACAUGAAGGAGUGCGAGGAUAUCCUCGAGGACAUGCUCCACUGGGACAAGCUACUACCCGAUGAGAUAAAGCAAAAGGUGGAGGCCAAAUUUAACGAGUUGGGGGACAUGUGUGAGAGGGGGGAGCUUGAACCUGAGCAGGCUUAUGAGCUAUUUAAAGAAUUUGAGGAUAAGAUGGUCUCAGAGUGCACAGAACUGAUGGAAGCAGAACCGCUGACUGUAAAUGAAUUUUCUGGGGCAGAUAAUAAGAGCGUCGAGUUGAAUGAUCCACCUGGUGAGGGACCUGUUCUAAGGUGGGAGUCACGCAUUGUCUUUGCCCCUGGUGGUGAUGCAUGGCAUCCCAAAAAUAGGAAAGUUAAACUCAGUGUAACUGUCAAGGAACUGGGACUUUCACGGCAUGCUUUCCGUCGAUUACGUGAGGUUGUUGGAAAGAGGUAUAAUUCAGGAAAAGAUGAGCUCACAAUAAUCAGUGAAAGGUUUGAUCAUCGAGAAGAGAACAGAAAAGAUUGCUUGAGAACACUGUAUGCUCUAGUGGAAGAUGCGAUGAAAGCCGAUGUGUUGGCCAAUGCUGCUAGAGAUGCUUAUGUUAAGGGGAGGCUCCAGGCUAACUCUCAGUUCAUGGACCGGCUGAAGAUGAAGACACAAAAAUUAAGGCAAGCUGCAUAA